AUGUCUACAUUUAAUGCUAAAGAGUUUUGUGAGAAUCCUACACUUGAACAAUUAGCCGAAUCUAUUAAGAAAGAUGAUUGGCGCUUUAUUGCUCAGUACUUCUCGGUACCUCAUUCAGGUUCAGCAACUAAGAAGGUAAUUAAGGAACUAGUAAUAGACAAUCUAAUUCAAAGAGAAUUACUUCCCCCUGAAGCCAUUGACUAUUUAAACCCUCAAGAUCCCGAACUGCUUGAAGUUAGAGACACUUCUAUUCUGUCUGAGCAGAAAGAGGAGUCUUGGUCCUCUGCUCGACUAGAGUUUGAAAAGUAUGCUUUAGAUUUAAAACUAAAGGUAGAAAGACAAAAAUUAGAAGAAAGAGCAAGAGACAGAGAAAUAGAAAUAGCUAAACUUAAAUUAGAAGAAAGAAAACUAGAAGCUAAAUUAAAUGGCACAAGUGAUAAUGAUUCUGUAAUUAAUGAAUCGUUUAAUUUAACUAAGAAUUUACCCCUUGUUCCUUCAUUUCUUGAAAAUGAUCCUGAUGGCUCAUUCCGUAACUUUGAGAAAACUGCUGAACACUUUAAAUGGCCCUAUACUGAGUGGACUUGGCUUCUCCAACCUAAAUUAAGCGGUAAAGCUGCCAUCACCUUUUCAAAUCUUGAUUGCAUUGAUGAUUAUGAAUCUGUAAAACAGUCUAUUCUUGAUGCUUAUGCAAUCACACCUGACGGCUACAGACAAAAAGGAAGUAAAAGAAAGUUACCCUUCGAUAUUCUUAAGCAUAUAGAGGAGAGGGGUGAAACAGAUCUCCUUAAAGCAGCACAAAUAGCAGAUUCAUUUGCGCUUUUGAAAAGGUCACAGCUGGGUAAGGUAGACAAGGUUAGAUUUUAUGUACAGUCCUCCUCUGGUGAAAACCUUGGGGCUAAUGGUGGUAAAGCUGGCAAAAUUACUCCAUUAAACUUUUGUUCUUAUUGCAAGCGAGCAGGUCAUACCAUAGACAAGUGCAAAGACCCAAAGUGUAGAAAGUCUGGCAUAAAUGUAAGACCAUUCAUAAAUCCAAGUAUUCAAGCUUUUGAACCAAAGCCAGUGUCAAGUGUUACAAAUGUAAACUCUCCAGAUCCAUUCAGUGAUUUUAAAUAUCGGGGAACUGUCUCUCUUGAUUCAAUGAGUAAAUCAUAUCCCAUACUCAUUCUUAGGGAUACUGGAGCUGCUCAAAGUAUAAUUCUUAGGUCUGCUUUACCUGGAAUUGAGACAAAAUAUACAGGUGAAAAAGUUCUUGUUAAAGACUUAACUUCAAAGAUUAGUUAUAAACUAGCAAAUAUUUUUCUCAGUUCUGAUUUUGUAUCAGGUGAAGUAAAGAUAGCUGUGACAGAAAAGGCUUUUCCUAUAAAGGGAAUAAGUUUAAUUCUGGGACAUGAUCUAGCAGGGAAAUUAGUGUACCCUACAGUUAAUGUUGUUGCUAAGCCUUUACCCUAUAGCCCAACUAAAGAACUGGAUCAGAAACAACCUCAUAUUUUCCCUGUAUGUGCUGUUACUCGUUCUCAGAAGCUAAAUAAAUCCCCUAUAGAAAAACCUAAUCCAGUUGAUAAACUGAUCUCACAAGAGAUCACCCGAAUUAAGCUAAUUGCAGCUCAGAACGAUGAUCCCUCUCUUGCUAAGUGCAGACAUGUUGCUUCAGACAGCCUUAAAGAUCACAAGGUCCCUGGUUUUUAUUAUCAUGACGGACUAUUAAUGAGAGUAUUCCGCCCUCCUGAACUCCGUGCUUUAGAUACAUGGUCAGAAGUACAUCAAGUCGUAAUUCCUUUGUCAAUUCGGGAAUCAGUCAUGAAACUUGCACAUGAUGGUCUAGCAGGUCACUUAGGUAUUCAAAAAACCUACAAGAAAGUACUUCAACAUUUCUAUUGGCCAGGUAUGAAGAAAGAUAUUACAUUGUUUAUCAGGUCAUGUCAUGUGUGUCAAGUUGGAGGAAAGCCUAAUCAAAUAAUUCCAAAAGCUCCUCUACAUCCUAUUCAAGUAGUCUCAGGUCCAUUCGAAAGAAUCGUAAUUGACUGUGUAGGACCACUGCCUAAAACAAAGAAAGGGAACCAGUAUCUCUUUACAAUUAUGGAUACUGCUACAAGAUAUCCAGAGGUUUACCCUUUAAAGAAUAUUUCUGCUAGUUCCAUUGUAAAAUGUCUACUUCAUUUUUUCACUUCAUUUGGAAUCCCUAAAGAAAUUCAAUGUGAUAAAGGCAGUAAUUUCACAAGUGACUUGUUUCAAAAAGUCUUAGAACUGUUAGGUAUCUCGCAACAGAUGUCAACAGCUUACCAUCCCCAGUCACAAGGUUGCCUUGAGAGAUUUCACCAGACUCUAAAAUCUAUGCUUAAAAAGUAUUGCUUAGAAACAGGGAAUUCCUGGGAUGAGAACAUUCAUUUUCUUCUGUUUGCCCUGAGGGAAUGUCCACAAGAAUCACUUGGAUACUCUCCAUUUGAAUUACUAUAUGGAAGACAGAUUAGAGGUCCACUUAAAGUUCUUAAAGAUCAGUGGUUUUCAGACUCUUCACCUCCCCCUAAUCAAACCGUGGUAUCUUACAUAGAUAAUCUUAGAACUAAGUUAUCAGAGGCAAGGAAAUUGGCGCUCUCUAAUCUUCAAAACGCCCAAAUCAAAAUGAAGUUUUCUCAUGAUUUAAAAUCUCAAAUUCGAGAAUUCUCUCCAGGAGAUAAGGUUUUACUGUUCCUUCCUAUCCCAGGAAACCCUCUAAAGAGUAAAUUCACUGGACCUUAUGUUGUUUCCCAUAAAGUUUCUAAUUACAAUUAUGUAGUUCAAACUCCUGAUAGACGUAAAGAUACCCAGUUGGUACAUAUCAACUUAAUCAAGUCCUAUAUUGACAGGCAGCCAAAGGAGGACUUAGCCAAAGAUAAAUGA